AUGGAGCAGCCUACUAUCGGAGCGUUUACCGGACUGCUUAAAAGCAAUGUCGUUAGCUUUGUUAUUUCCGGAAGUGCUACGAAUCGUUUGAUCUUCGAAAGUAGCGAAUAUAUUAAAAAGGUUAAAGUUCGGAUUGCUAAUCUUUUCGUUGAUUUAGCUUUCCGCGGCCGAGGCCGUCCAAGAAAUCCUCUGUCCGCUUUAGCUAUCGCUGCUGCUGCAGCUGCGGCGGCGGCGGCAGCUAUACUUCGCAUUCUCACCUUCGAACCUUCGCCCUUUCCUUUAGACCUUCUUACCAAGCGCUUGCUUAUACCGACGACCGUCAAAGCCUUAAGGUGUAUUAACAAUUGCACUAUUGCUUUUACCGCUGCUAACACCGCCUUCGAUAACUUCCUCGCUUUAGAUGCUACCCUUUUAAAAGGUGCUGCUGAUAGUCCGGGCGGUUUAACGAAUAGAAGUAGAGGUUUUAGAAAUAGUCCCGGUGGCCUUGCAGGUUUUGCUCUUGCUCUUAAGACUUUCAAUUUGAAUAUAGCCCUUGUUAAAUUGAAUAGUCUUAUAGCAGCGAACCGUAAUUCGAUAACGCGGAGCGCCUCGAGCAUAUCACUUUUUCCCCUUGCGCUUGCGCCAGCCGCCUUUAUUGUUCUCGUCGCCUUCGCUGCUCCCGUCGCCCUCGCAGCUCCCGUCGCUUCCGUCGCACUUAUUAUCGUCGCCCUCUUUGCAUUAAUUAUUGCGCUUGCCGCUUUUGCGGCAGCGCCCGCCGUUGCUAUGACUCUUGCAAAGCGCCGAAUUAAAGUAAAAAGAUUGCUAAGAGCUUUAGUCGAUCUUUUAUUAUAA